AAUAUUACUCCUAUUUCGCAACUGAUUAGUGCAUAGUAUCUUGUAUCGUAUUGUAAAGUAAUUUGUGGCUGUUAUAGACUUUUCAAAAUGAUUUGAUACAAAGGAAAGAAUAUAUUAAUCGUAUUUUAAAUUAGUAAAUUCUGAUCAUCACAUCGAAAUGUUAAAAUCCAUGUAUUUUCUUACCUCGGAUAAAACUUUAGAAAUAUAUUUACAUAAAUAACAAACGCGGCUAGAUUAAGCGAAAUGGAUUUCAGUUCUCAUAAUCCGGAAACGUCUAAUCCAUUAAACUUAGCCGCAAGGAAUAACGACGCACUAUUAGUGCAACAGCUUUUGAAAAAAAUUAAUCCGAACAUUGCCGACAACAGAGGAUGGACUUGUUUGCAUGAAGCUGCUUUUCAUGAUUGCUAUGAAAGCUUACAGGUUAUUCUUAAAAACCCAGAGUGUCGUCCUCUUAUCGAAACCCAUGAAGGCCACACUGCCCUUUACUUAGCUUGCCGCAAUCAAGCCUCCCCACAAACAGUGAAGUAUCUGUUAGAAAAUGUUGAAGAUAUAGCUAAUUAUGGAAGUACAGAGUCUGUGACUCCGUUGCACGUUGUCAGCGGUCAAGGAAAUCUUGAAAUAAUGCAGUUGCUUAUUGAACAUGGUGCACUAAUUGAUGUGCAAGAUUAUGAUGGAGAUACACCAUUGCACGAUGCCGUAUUAGAAACAAAAUUUGAGGCUGUAUCUCUGUUAUUACAUGCAGGUGCUAGUCCUGAAAUACCAAAUGAACCAGGAUCAUUCACACCAUUCCAUUUAGCUUGUUCUAAAGGUUGUUCUGAAACUAUGAAAGCAAUAUAUCCUUUUGUCACUGAUAUUAAUCAAGUGACAUCAUCUGGUAAGACUGCAUUAAUGUUGGCACUGACAGGGGCAAAUGAAGAAAUAGUUGACUUCUUAUUAGAAAAUGGUAUAGAUCCUCACAUAAGGGACAUAAAUGGAGACUUGGCAUUAGAUAUUGCAUUAACUGAUGGUUACCACACACAUUACAAAAAAAUAUUUAAUGUUACAAAACUGCAUCAAAUUAGUCUCAAUACUAUAUUAAAAGCUUGCAAACCACAUUAUUGUAAAAUGGAUAUAUUAGAAAUUUUACUGAGUAGCGAUCUUGGUCCAGAAUACUUUGACUUUAUUGAAAUAUUUCAUGUAAUGUUAGAAAAAAUAGGUGACAUAAGACCAUAUUAUCGCACGAAUGCAGUACUGAACUCACAUUUGAACAUAUGUGAGUACAUCUAUAAUAGAUCUCGAGAGAAAUUUUAUGAGUUCUUCUACUUGUUUUUAAUGCGUGGAGUAUCAGUAAAUGCAUUAGAAUUUUAUGAGUGUCCUCCCCUUGUUUACAUACACUACUGUUUACAUAUUAAUUCUUUUAGUGAAGCAUUCCAAAUAAUGAUUGACCAUGGCUGUAAUGUUGAUUACUGCAGUGUUCCAGAAUGUUAUUACAAAGAUAAGUGUAUACCUGAUGCUUUUAUUGCAUCAUUGACAUCUGAUGCUCUAACACUUCCAUAUAUGAUUUCUUAUAGUCUACAUGUUGAUCCUGACAGUAUAUUACAGUUUGCAGAAGACAGUGGUGUUUCAGGACGGAUUAACUCACAAGUGCAAAUGACAUUAGUGACCAUGGCAGGCUAUGAUCCCAGUGUAACAUCAGAAACUUUGGCCUUCCAUGUUGCACCAUUAAAGCACAUAACUAGAUGCAGAAUUCGCAGUCUGAUUAGAAAUAGGAAAGGUGGUGUAAAGUCAACGAAAGAGUUUUUUAAGAUUUUAGAAGCUAUGCCUUUACCUACAUCAAUGAAAAACUAUUUAAGCUAUCAUUAAUGUUUCACUUAUGACAUUUAUUUAAUUUUUUAUUUAUUACAAUGUUUGUAAAUUACUAUUCUCAACAUCUUUAGAAGAUUUAUGUCACAGAAAAGCUGACGUGCUUAUCACAGUGUAAUUUCUUUUGGAUUUUAUUACUUGGUUAAAAGUUUACGUCGUUAUAAAUGUUCCGUAUUUAUAUAUUUCUGCCAAAAAACUGGUAUUUUUUUGUAAAAUAUUGGCCAAAAAAUGAUUGCUUUUCUUAAUAUCACUUCAGCAAUAAUGAGCGAAUAUGAGUACAGUGAUAGACAACUAUUAAUUAGAUAGCGGACAUGACGCAAUUUUUAAAUAAUGUUAAUAUUUUUUAAUGGUUUUGUAUAUAUUAGACAGGCUUGUACCACUGUUAAUAACGAUGCCCCUUUAAAUGGUUUGUUAGCUUCUCUUUUUGGAAAUUAUCGUAAUAAGCAUACUUAAAGCGAUUUCUUUUAAUCUAACUUUGAAAUGUAUAACAGUAAAAACUUCAUAUUUAUGGGAAAUAUGUUCCCUUAAAUAUGACGUGAAUACUGAACCGUGAAUAUAGAAUGGUGAUUUAUAAUUUAUAUGGGAGUAUGUAGGGGAUAGGAGAUAGUCGUGGUGGCCUAAAGGAUAAGGAUAACAAGUCCAUUGGGAAUCGUAUUGAGUGAUGCGAUUGUGCUAGUGAUUGAAUGCCGCAGGGAGGUACCAAUUUUACUAGUAUGUAUAUAACAAAAUGAAUUACUUCCAUGAUGAAGAAGUAACAUCGUUAUUAAAAAUUAAACCCCAAUAAAUAUAAUUUCGGUAAUCACUAGUGGUAGGGGGUUUUGUGACCACGUGCUGGCAAGUGCCUAUUUUUGUCGUGAAGCAGUAUUGUAUUCCGGAUUUAAGGGUCGCUCAGUCAAUGUCUCGCUGUAGAGAAUUCGUGUCUGAAGGUGGAUGUCAGCAUUUACGUUGAUUUAAUUGAUAUUUAUGGGCUCCGCUAACCAGUUAACUCCAGGUUGGGCGUCAGCUCGUUUACCUGUCUAAGCAAUAAAAGUAAACUAUUAUUAUUAAGUUUAGGCAAGGUUUUAAAGAUGUUACUUUUCUUUUUUGUCGCUUUUAAAUGGUAAGUCUUUUGAGAUUGAUAACCAGCUGUACUUUCAAGAGAAAAGCACGAAGCUCAUUAGUCAUGUGAAACCCUUUUUUAACUCUUGAAACUCAGUUUUUCAGGGCUGGUUGUUAGCUUUUUAAUGGAAUGCGUAUGCGUCCUAUUCCAUUCGCAGUUUGAACAAUGUUUGAAUUUCUGCAUGUGGGGCACUGAAUCCUAAUCAAUAUAUCCACUGGAUCCACGAACAGAGAAAUAUUGAUUCGUGAAAACCGGAACUGAGACGUAAUUUUUAAAUUACGAAUGUAGCUUUUAUUGUAUUUUGUAAAUAAAAAACGGUGUUGCUGAAAUAUUUGUUUAUUUAGUUAUAAUUUUUACCCAAUGAUAUUAGUUUGUAAACAAAAUACUUGGGUCUAGUCCACACUUUUAAAAACUUUAGUUUUAAUUACAAGUAUGAAAAAAUGUAUAAGUUAUAUAAAAUAUUAUUUAUUGUUGUAAUUCUUCUUCUUCUCAGUCGUUCACUCCUGGCG